CAAAUGGACAAUGCAACGUCCUACAACGAGUGGCUGGAGGCGGCUCGUGCUCUUGAUGAGAUCGAAGGUCACGAUCGAUGGAAAGCUGAGGAUGAAUCUGAGCUGUAUGACUCGAAACUCAUCCGGGAUAGACUGCAGGACAUGCGGAGGUUGGAGGCUUCCAAGGAUAUUCAAGGGAUCAUGUUCAACCUCCGAUCGGGGCUUGUUCGUGGACUUGGAGGGGUUGGGAAUCAAGCUCUACACACACACUGUUAUGUGGGAACAAAGAGGCUGAUCGAAGAGCAUACAGGUCAGACCCUGCGGCUCCUCAAGAUGGUUCACGAUGCUCCUGAAGAGCAGCUGCCCUUAGAGAAGAAGCUUGCUUUCUUCGCUGAAUCCCGACAUGCGCUGGGGAAAACAGCCCUGCUUCUUUCAGGAGGAGCGUCUUUGGGCAUGUACCACUUCGGGGUCCUGAAGGCCUUGCACGAGCACAACUUGCUUCCUCGUAUCAUCUCUGGAAGCUCCGCCGGAUCCAUCGUUGCGGCGCUGGUGGGAGUGAGGACGGUUGAGGAGAUGUCAGAGUUGUUCGUUCCGGGAUCCAUCGACCUGACUUUCUUUCCUCCUGCGGGCUCCUUCAGGAGGAAGCUCAAGAGGCUUCUGCUGGAAGGUCACCUGAUGGAAGUCAAGGUGCUGCAGCGAGCGCUCAGGAUUAAUCUUGGUGACGUGACCUUCUACGAAGCGUACGAGAGGACGGGGAGGAUCGUGAACAUCACAGUCAGUCCUGCCAACGACUACGAGCGUCCUCGCCUCCUCAACUACCUCACGUCGCCCAACGUUCUCAUCUGGAGCGCCGCAUGCGCCUCCUGCGCUUUUCCGAUACUCUUCCAGCCAGUGGAGCUGGUGGCGAAGAACGAGGCAGGGGAGAUGGUGCCCUAUCAUCUGACAGACGUCAAGUGGAAGGACGGAUCUCUGCAGACAGACCUGCCGAUCGCUCGCCUCUCCGAGCUCUUCAACGUCAACCACUUCAUCGUGUCGCAGACGAACCCGCACGCCAUCCCCUUCAUGUGCAAACCAGCAAGGAUCAGGAAGAGCAGCGAGCAUCGCGCGAGGCAUCGCCCGUCUAUUCUGUCGCGAGGAUGGAACGUCAUGCGGUACCUCGUGACGUCAGAGCUUGCUCAUCGCUUCAAGCAAGCUGUCACCAUGGGCCUCGUCCCCAAGCUGCUCGAGGCGACCCUUUUCCAGCGGCUGAGCGGCGACAUCACGAUUGUCCCUCCCUUCAAGGCCUGCAUGUACACUAACAUCAUCUCUAACCCC